CUACAACCCCUAAAUCAACUCGUGGGUAUCCAAACGGCAUAGCUAAUCGACACCAAGCUUGGGCAGCUGCAAGUCUCGCUCUGCCAGCAUGACGAGUCCGCUUCAAACAUGGCCUGCGAAAUCAACAGCCUGGCAAGCACAAAGAGACAGCUGGCUGCCGCGAAGUCCCAGGCAGACGAGCUCAUCCCGGUGCUCAAGGCACUGGAGCAGCUGUACGCCAAAUUGGCCGAUUCGAGCACUGCGUGGUCGACCGACCUGGUACAGCAAGAGUCCGAGUUUCGGCAGAGCCGUCACCAGCACUACCUGGAUCUCCAGCAGACCAUGGACGAGCAGUAUGCUGAGCUGCGCCGGGACAGUGUGCACAUGCGCGUGGCCAAUGCCGAGCGCUCGUUCAAGCGUGACUUGGACAGCUACGUGCAGAACCAGAGUUCGCCCCGACAAAGGUCGCAUACAAAUGUGCCUCGGGCAGCAGCAGCACCGGAAAACUGGGCCGGCGGCAGUUGCGCUGACCAGGACUUUUUUGGUGACAGUGACGAAGCAGGUUUGAAAUCGCUGGGCACUAUCAAGCAAAGGCCCAAAAGCGGCACAAUGCCAAGCGCGUUUGGUCGUCUUGCGAGCCGCCAAGGCAAACCAGCCAAGAAGGGAAAGGGCUUUUCGGCGGCAGCUCGUGCCAACUACAAAGACGGUGAUGAAGCGAAGAUCUUUGGCGACGACGACGAUGAUGAACACCUGGGCGCUGAAUCUCGUAUGGGCUUUGUCGUUCUUGGCGACGAGGAUUUUUCUGGCACGUAAGCGGAAAGAAUAUUCAACACCUCAGCCCACCAAAAUCACCUGGACUCGUGGGCACAUUCCGAUUGGCUCGAGUUUGUUCAUCUUGGCAUUUCUUGGCAUUCA